AUUUAUUACCUGCCGACCAAUAGACAUUGGAAUAAACAAUAAUGGUCCUCCCGUCCGAACCGGAGUUUGAGCAAGCACUGCUCGAGCUCAUCACCUCCCUCGCACCCUUCCUCACCCAACACCCCGAGUACAAGAAAGCACUCGAGAUCGUCCACAUCCCCGAGCGUAUCGCCCAAUUCCGCGUCAUGUGGGAAGACGACAAGGGCGGGUGUAACGUCAACCGAGGAUACCGAGUUCAGUACAACUCCGCUCUUGGACCGUACAAAGGCGGGCUGCGCUUGCACCCCAGUGUGAACCUGUCGAUCCUCAAGUUCCUCGGGUUUGAGCAGACGUUCAAGAACGCGCUUACUGGGCUCUCGAUGGGUGGUGGAAAGGGUGGGUCGGACUUUGACCCCAAGGGCAAGUCGGACGCCGAGAUCCGCAGGUUCUGCGUAGCGUUUAUGACCGAGCUACAGCGGCAUAUCGGGAAGGAUACGGAUGUCCCCGCGGGGGAUAUCGGCGUUGGUGCGAGGGAGGUCGCGUUCAUGUUUGGACAGUAUAAGAAGCUGAGGAACGAGUGGGUCGGCGUAUUGACUGGGAAGGGUAUCACUUGGGGUGGAAGCUACAUCCGGCCUGAAGCGACUGGCUUCGGGUUGAUAUACUACGUGCAGCAUAUGAUCGCCAAGCACGCCCCUGAGCGCCCGCUCACCGCCCCAUCAACACUUGUCGCCAUCUCCGGAUCGGGCAACGUCGCCCAGUACACGGCACUCAAAGUGCUCGAACUAGGGGGCACAGUCCUCUCCCUCUCGGACAGCAAGGGCUCGCUCGUCCUGCGCAGCUCUAACCUGAACCCAGGGCAGGGGAUCACCAAAUCCCUCGUAGAGGAGAUCCAGACUAUGAAGCUGCACGGAGGGUCGCUCUCCUCCUUGGCUCUGCCUGCAUCUACGGGACUGGUAUAUGUUCCUGGCGCACGGCCGUGGACCUUGCUCCCCAAAGUGGACAUCGCCCUCCCCUGCGCGACUCAGAACGAGAUGUCCGGCCCGGAAGCAGAGGCGCUCAUCAGCGCCGGAGUAAAGAUCGUCGCUGAGGGAAGUAACAUGGGCUGCUCGCUUGACGCUGUGGAGAUAUUCGAGGGUUCCCGCCGGAAGGGGGGAAAGAACGCCGUAUGGUACGCUCCGGGCAAGGCGAGCAACUGCGGGGGUGUCGCUGUGUCUGGGCUGGAGAUGGCACAGAAUUCCCAGAGGCUGACAUGGACUACCGAGGAGGUAGACCAGAAGCUGAACGGGAUCAUGUCUAACUGCUUUAACAUCUGCUACGACGCGGGAUGCAAGUUCUCCGGCGAGACCCCGUCACCCGAUGUCCGCCCCAGCCUUCUGAGCGGCGCUAACGUUGCUGGCUUUAUCAAGGUUGCGGACGCGAUGAAGGUCCAGGGAGAUUGGUGGUGAGGGCUUCGGGUGAAUUCCUUGCUAGAUUUAUUGGGCGCGUGUAUUUGCUGAUGUGCUACUUGGGUAGUGUACGGCUGAUACCGCAUUUGUAUGUAUUUGGUUUUGGAUAAACAACAUGUGGGAUUGAAUCAUGUUGACGUCGUGAUAAUAC